AUGACGGUCUACGCGCGCACCGACGCAGAGGGGACUCUGGAUGCGUCAGCGCCGGCUCAUGCACUGGUGAAACAGAGCGAAGUUGCGGCGGAAGGCGGCAUACUACAGGCCCCUCCGCCGGCUGCGUCCCCCGAAGGUCCGCCCUCCGAAGACGAAUAUCCCAGGGGACUCGCAUUGCUGUUUAUCCUUCUGUCGCUCGUCCUGUCCAUUGUCAUGGUGGCCGUCGAUCAGACCAUCAUCGCAACGGCCAUCCCCCUGAUUACCGACGAGUUCCACAGCGUGACUCAGAUCGGCUGGUACGGGUCGGCCUUCUUCCUGGAGUUUGCCUCGUUCACGUCAUCGUGGGGCAAGCUCUUCAAGUAUUUUCGCCUGCAAUGGACCUUCCUCGUCGCCGUCUUCCUCUUUGAAUUAGGCAGUCUCGUGUGCGCGGUCGCCCCCAGUAGCACGGCCUUGAUCGUCGGUCGUGCCCUUGCGGGUUUGGGUGCGGCCGGCGUCGGGCGCCUUCAUCCUCAUCGCCUUCCUGGCGUGCCUUGUAAAUACCGUACCCAACCGGUCCGGUUCAACCACGGCGUGGCUUUAUCUAAAUCACCGGCCUGGAUAAUAGUUUCGUGGGUAUCCUGA